CUCCACCCCCUGACUCCCAGCCAGAGGUGAACGCUGAUUUAGCAGCUAGAGGAGCUGUCACCGCUUUGCUCUCCUAUUCCAUGUGGGUUUCACAUUGCAUUGCGCUGACCUGGAAUGGGCUCGUGCCCUCAGUAGCGUGUGAGUGCAGCUGUCCGUGCGUGCCUGGCAAGUUCCUAUUGUGACUUAUUGAGCGAGCGGAGCGUAGAACCAGAACGUUGAACAAGUGAAAGGGACCGGGUGGUGAGUGAGUGGGAUCGUCUCUACUGGCUGCAACAGCUGCUUCCAACCUACUUCUCUGUGGAUUUUCUAUUUGCAACUUGUGCCGAGUGAAAGUCAGUAAAGGGGACAGGGGUUCGGGGCAGCCCCUGGGAAUGGGGAAAGGCAAGUGACCCGGACUGUGUCCCCUCAGGCGCUUGUAUUGGCACCCCCUGUACAGCGUGUGAGUGGGAAAGCCCACUGGCAUUGCCUUGUGACUGUGUUCCUAUGGGCAAGCUGUUAGCUGUGUGAUGUGAGCAGUAGCCUGAGAGAUCUAUCCCAUACACACACACUGGACUCAGAGCGGCCGAUCAUGGCUAAAUGGCUGAAUAAGUACUUCAGCCUGGGCAACAAUAACAACAACAAGAGCAAGAGCCCCCCGCAACCCCCCAGACCGGAUUACAAGAGGAAUGGGGGCACCGAGCGCUCCCACCACCUGCAGUACCCAGGGGGGCAGCCGCACUUCUACAAACACCACACGUCCCCGCUGCCCGGUCACUGCAGGGAGGAGAGUGAUCUGAUCCGAGCUUAUCGGGCCCAGAAGGACAGGGAUUUCGAGGAUCCGUAUAACGGACCGGGCUCUUCCCUCCGCAAGCUGCGGGCCAUGUGCAGGGAGGAACAGCAGGCUGAGGGCAGGAGGGGCUGCAGCAACAGUUUCUUGCAAGAGUCUUACCACGGCGGAGGCUCCAGCACCAACACCACCUCCUCGUCCUCCUCCUCGUCUUCCUCUCCGCACCUGUAUCGCACCAACAGCGAGAGGAGACCGGCCGCCGCCAGGCAACAGCUGUCAGGGGGGUCGGAGCACAAGUACACGAUGUCCCCCAAACACCGGCUUAUCAAGAUAGACAGCUGCGGCUGGGCGGAGAACGGCACUGCGGGAGGAGGUGCGGGUAAAGUUGGCAUCACCUGGAGCCCCGUGGUCACGACUGUAAUCAACAAAACCGAGGAGCAGGGAAACCCCGCAGCCAAGAAAGAGAAGGUUAUUAUCGCUGAUGACUAUUCAGAUCCAUUUGAUGCCAAAAGUGAGCAGAAAAACAAAGGAUUCAAAACGGAGAGCAAUGGUUACAUGGAACCUUUUGAAGCGCAAAGAUUAAUGACGGAUAUUCAGAAGAAUGAAAGUCAGAAGUCACUUCAGAAAAACAUCCAGUUGUAUGACACCCCAUACGAGCCUGAGAGUAAUGAGGUGGAGUCAGAUUCAGAAAGCAUAGUUGAACUUAAGAUGCGAGAGAGCAAGUUACCCCAAGACGAUGACCGACCUGCUGAUGAGUAUGACCAGCCUUGGGAAUGGAACAAAGCAUUGCCAGCCUUGGCAGCCCAAUUCAAUGGCGGUGAAAAAAGGCAAUCGUUAUCACCCUCAAAUGAAAGGCGGCGACAGCUGAGGGCCCCUGGCGGAGGAUUCAAACCUAUAAAACACGGAAGCCCAGACCUCUGUGGAAUCUUGGGAGAGCGAGUAGAUCCUAACAUUGUACUGGAAAAACAAAUAUGGUAUCACGGGGGAAUCAGCCGAACAGACGCAGAGAACCUGCUCCGAAUGUGCAAAGAAUGCAGCUAUCUUGUGAGAAACAGCCAGACAAGCAAGCAUGACUACUCCCUGUCACUGAAGAGCAGCCAAGGCUUCAUGCACAUGAAACUGUCGAAAACCAAAGAAAAAUACAUACUAGGCCAGACCAGUCCUCCUUUUGAGAACAUCCCAGAAGUCGUCCACUUCUACACCACCAGAAAACUUCCCAUAAAAGGAGCAGAACAUUUAUCCCUCUUGUACCCAGUGGCUGUGCGGACCCUGUAGAGUGCAAGCUGUAUGGACCGGUUCUCCUCCUUCCUAUGGACAGGGGGCUAUGGAAGCUGUUUGUAGCCAGUAUAGCACAGCUGCACUACAAAACGGCAGGGUACUGGAACGUGCUAUUCGGGGAUCCAGAACUGACCGAUUGAACUGUAAGGACCCGCUGGCUGUGUCACAACAUAUGUACAAUAUUGCACUAUUGCAUUCUUAAAGGAGACUGCUUUGAAAAAAAACAGUGGAAGUGAGAUUGUAGAAAAAAAACUGUGGAUAAUAACUAAUGUAGCUGUGGCUAUGAAAAGUGUUCAAAAUGCAAUGCUUGUUUGAGUGGAGAAAUGUAAACCCCCCUCACUAUAUAUCUCUUGGUGUAUGUUUCCAUGGAAACCACUAUCGAAUGUUAUUGUACAUUCCUGUGUCAUGUUUUUUUAGGGUUUUUUGCCGAAAGAAUUAGGAUGUUGCUUGGUAUGUUCUGUAUAUACGUACUGUCAGCUCUUGUCUGUUUCCGUGGAAAGUAAAACUGUGCCUUUUAGCACCCAUUGGCUGGGUGGGAGAAUCAAAUAUAUGGUCUGAGAAAGGCAUGAUGCCUGGAAUGUGCUGCCUGAUCCUAUAGACAGUAAAUCAGAAAGAAGCCUGCAGAUGUGCAAGAGUAACCCUUAAUUUGUUCACAGAUUCUCCUCUUUCUCCUGAACAAGGAUGUUGCUUAUAAAUCAGUCCAAACUGUGUCUUCUUAUAUCCUUGGGGGAUUUGUAUCAAUCUAAGUCAGAGGUUUCUUCCCUUUUUUUCCCUAAAAUAACAAAUAAAAAAACAAAUACAAAAAUUAUUGUUGAAGUGAUACCUAUAUUGGCUAACAAUAAAAAUACAUUGCAAGCUUUUUUCAAGGCCCCUUCGUCAGGCAA